AUGGUGAACAUCUUUGGUAUCAUCGUCUUCCUACGAAUGGGAUGGAUUGUGGGCACAGCCGGUGCUGUAAAUGCGAUUCUCCUUCUUGGGUUCUGUACUACAUUGGCACUGAUCACGGUGUUCUCGGCCAUCGGAAUCGUUGAACGCUGUCAAAUUCAGAGUGGAGGAAUUUACUCCCUUGUGUCGCAUGUGCUAGGCGGUCGUGUGGGCGGGGCCGUUGGACUGAUUUACACUCUUGGACAGGCGGUGGCCACCGGUCUGGUCGCAGUCGGCUUUGCCGAGUCCCUAGCGCAUCUGUUCGACUCAGAAAGCCGCAUUUUCAUCAAAGUGAUCGCUAUCCUCACUCUCGUCGUCCUUACUGGAAUCAAUACAGCGGGCGUGUCAUGGAUUGUUCGACUACAGCUGCUUCUACUUACAUUUCUUGCCUUGGCCGUUCUAGACUUCCUUCUGGGAGCUCUGUUUACUUCAGAUCCAAGCAGCGGCGUGUUACGCUUCUCGUACGCUCGUCUUCGUGAGAAUGCCGGCCCGAUGUACGCUGCUGUGAACUGCACUCCGAUCGGGUUCGACCGCUUCAUUCCCGAGCAGUCCUUCUUCACCGUCUUCGGCGUGUUCUUCGCCAAUUUCCUCGGUGUGCUAGCAGGUGUGAACAUGAGCGGUGACUUGAAGGAUCCUCACAAGAGCAUUCCGCUUGGCGAGCUGUCAGCAGUUGGCGUCAGCUCAUCUAUCUGUUUUCUGUUCAUCAUGAUUCUCGGCGCGACGGGUGAUAGGCUGAGCCUCAUUUGCGAUAAUUUGAUUUCGGAGAAGGUGGCUUUGACUAGAGUGCUGUUCAUGGUCGGACUGUACAUCUGCUCGCUGUCGUCGACGAUCGGCUCGCUGCUCGGCACUCCGCGUGUACUGCAGGGAAUUGCAGCCGAAGGCAUCAUACCGAUACUCAAUCCUCUAGCGCACGGAUCCGGUCCGAACAAGAAUCCGGUGAUGGCGGGCGUGGUGCUGAUGGGCGUGGCGUCGGUGUUCGUGCUCCUCGGCGACCUCAACCAGCUGGCCAUACUCUCCACGAUGCCGUUCCUCAUCACCUAUGCGUUCGUCAACUACGCAUACGUAUCACUGGCGAUGACAUACGACCUAGCAAACAUAAGUCAUGCAACAGAAAACGCGUCAACAUAUGGAUCAAUGCAUAAACUUGGCGACUUGGACGAGCUCUUCCCAGAACGCCAACAGCAAAUCCCCACUGCAGUCGAGGCAGGCGGCAUUUCUAGCCAGCCAGCCACUUGGUACUCCAUGUUCAGCAAUCGUUAUAUCGCCUUUGUAGGGUGCAUGGUGAACCUUCUUAUCAUUUUCCUUAUUCACUUCUCGUUCGCUGCCGCACAUUUUGUCGUCAUGAUAAUCCUGUAUUACUAUAUUGGCCGAGCCUGCCCCGCCUGUACACCAGGUAUCUCGACAUUUUCCAUACCACAUAUGUUUCGCACUGCCUUUUCAUCACUCGAAACCAUUGGUGUUUUCAACAGAGGACCAUUUGUGCUAACAAAGGAAGGACCUUCAAAAGAACUGCUCACUGAGCAACUCAACGAAUCGUCUUCGGAUUAUCAAGACCGUAAGCAGUACCAUCAUGCUGAACAUGUUACGCAGGAACUACCAUCUACCAUAGAUUGA